AUGUAUGCGUUGGUGUUACUCGUGCUACUUGGCGUUGUGUACCAUGUAUAUUGCUGGUGGAAGCCUCGUUCACCUCCAAUAUUUCCUGGCCAGUUACCGUUCAUUGGACACGGUCAUAUAUUUCUUAAAUACCGCAAUGAUAUGUGGAGUUAUUUGAAAAGUAUCGGCGAAUACGUAUUGGAACAUGGAGGAAUAAUUCAAUUUCGGGCGGGUCCUCACAUAGUUUAUGCUGUGAACGACCCAGAAGUCGCUGGCAUGAUAGCAAACACGUGUUUGGACAAACCAUAUUAUUACAAGUUUAUGAGCGAUGGAAUAGGAAAUGGAUUGGUAACGUUAAAUGGGGACAUGUGGAAGAUACAUCAUAAAUUAUUAAACCCAGCGUUCAGUCAGAAAGUUCUGAAUACGUAUUUGAAUGAAAUGGACGUACAGGGUCAAAAUCUAGUGUCGCAAUUGACAACAGUGGCGGAAAAAGGACCAGUGGAUAUCACUGACUUCUUAUUUAAACAUAUCCUAAGAACAGUUUCCCGUACGUCACUGCGGUUGGAAGCUAAAGAUCAGGAUAUGAUUGACAAUGACUUUGGUGAAGCGGUUGAAGAAAUAGGAAACAUUAUAAUUCAUCGUGCUUUAAGACCAAUGUUACAUCUUUCAUUUUUAUUCAAUAGAACCGCAAUGAAGAGAAGGCAAGUGGAACUAAUUAGAGACAACAGGGAACUGUUAGAUCAUAUAAUUCAGAAAAGAAAAUCUGACUUAGAAGUAACUAAAGAUACAGUCAAUAAUAAAGACGAUUUUGUACCAGGUAAAUUCAAACCUAUACUAGAUCUGUUGCUGCAUUUAUCUGAUGAACAAUAUGUCCUCUCCGAUGAUGAAAUCAGGGCGCAUCUAAAUACUUUCGUAGCAGCUUCAUUCGAUACAACUUCGUCAGCUCUUCAGACUGUGUUGUUAGCGCUUGGAUCAUAUCCUGAUGUACAGGAACGAGUUUUUAAUGAGAUCCAAAAUGUUUUUGACAAUAUAGAAGAGCUGACUAAACAUGACCUGACUAAACUCGUUUACUUGGAAGCAGUGAUAAAAGAGGUAUUGAGGGUAUAUAAUAUAAUUCCUUUGGUAGCGCGAAAACUUGACACUGAUAUUGUACUCCCAAAAUAUACUCUACGAGCUGGAAGCUCCUGUAUCCUGUCGAUAUACGGCCUUCACCGUCACUCCUCGUGGGGACCAGACGCGAGGGAGUUCAAACCGGAGCGAUGGUUGAAUCCCGACACAUUACCUACUAACCCUAACUUAUACGCUCCGUUUGGUAUUGGCAAGCGAAUUUGUAUUGGGAGGCAGUACGCCAUGAUGUCCAUGAAGACGUCGCUUAUCCAUAUCGUACGAAAGUUCCACAUUUCUGGUGAUAUCAGUACAUUGAAGUGGAAUUUUGAAGUCGUACUAAAAGCAAAAACUCCUCUUAUUACUUUGACGUUAAGAUCUUAA